UUGAAACCAAAGGCCUUUUCAGCUUCUUCUUCCAUUUGCGCUUUAAAUAAGUGUGGAAGUCGCCGGAUAAAUUCUAUUUUGUUUUCCCGAUUAAGAAUCUUACGCGUAAGUGUGCCGUAUUCAUGGCGGCGGUCAAGACAGAGCCCGUAGUGUUAUCCCUGAAUUUGUUAAUAGAUGAGAAGAACUAUCGAGUAGUGGCCGCGGAAGCGAACAGAGAUUUUGUGGACACACUUUUCAGUUUUUUCACCUUUCCGAUGGGAACCAUUAUCCGACUCAUCACCAGCACCUCCGCAGAAGAGAAACCCACAUCUGUAGCAGUAGGGUGUAUGAACAAGUUAUACGAAGGUGUUCAAAAGCUAAGCACUGAGUACUGGCAGACAGAAUACUGCAAGAGCAUGCUUCUUAAUCCCAGGAAUCCCCUAGCGUAUUACUUCAGGAAGUUGAAGAUUAAUAUUGAUGAUUCUGGAUCCGAUUUCACUUACAGCUGCUGCUGGUGCGCUGGAUAUCAUAGUAUUUACAAAGAGAUCAGCUGCAAAUGUGGCAAAGGGAAGACCACCUACCCCAAAGAAAAGAAGCCAGCUGAUUGGAAUGCCUCGAGUAAAGAGGGAGCCUUUUUGAAGGGAGCAAUAGAGUUCUUAAUCACUGACGAUUUACAGGUCAGGCCUGCCUCUGCGGAGUUUGUUGCUCAACUUAUGCCCAACACCGGUUCUAAAGAAGCCACUCGAAUCAGGGAGAUGUGUGUUAAUGUUUCCAAGGCUGAGAUAGUAAAGGUAAGGCCAAGGCCUAGGAAGAUGAUGAGAGAGUGGAACGCGUGCCAAGAUGAGUUAACGGGAACGACCUUGGCGGCUCCUAGCUAGUUUAUUUUAUUGAAGUGUUUCAAUUUUAUAAAAAGUGAUUGAUAUUAUUUGAUUAAGUUUGGAGUAUUUAUUUGGAUUAUUUGAAGUUUGAAUAAAUUCCUGGAUCCAGGUGGUUAUCACAUUUGCUGGUGAUAACUAGAUUUUAUUGAGUUUUUAUUUGGAGCUAUAUUUUAGUUAUAUUUGAGAUUUUAUCAGGGUUAUUUUCUUAAAUAGAUGGCCAUUAUAUUGCAGUUAUUUUUAAAAGUAGUAAGUUAGUGUAACGUUUCCGUUAACCCUGAGAGGGGCGUUACAAAUUUGGUAUCAGAGCCCAGGUUGUCCCGUAACUUCAUUUGUCACCGUACACGUGCUCGUCAUCUUCCAAGUAAGUACUUAUUUAUGUUAAAAGUCAUUUAGUAGAAUAUGUUUGAGUGUUGUUGGUAUUAGAUAGAUAGAAAAGUCAAGUAAGAGUAAGAAGUACUCAACUCGUAAACCUCUGUGUUGUUAUGAGUUAUUCAGAUUAAAUUUAUUCGAGUGCCUAUAUUCUUGAGUUAGGUCUUCUACUUCAUUUAAGAAGUACUUAGGGUUGUUAUCUAAAAACACUAUCGUUCAAGUCAUACACCUUCAUAAUUAAGUAUCUGUAGCCUUCCAUUUUUUUUAGCCUCUGUUGAUCUUACAGAGCAAAUAUUCCUCAUAUAUAGAGAUUACCCAUGAUUAAAAUCCGAGUUGAUUUGAAAAAAAUAAUAAUAAAGUGUCAUAGUCUUUAUUUUCUCAUGAUUGAGUAAAUGAAUUAUGUCACAAGCAGUGCUAUUCCAGCUGUCUUUUUAUAUAGCUUGUAGUUUAUUCAUGGUCUAUGUUUUGUUAAUUUUUUUAAGAAGGAUGGUAAUGAGUUUGUCUGUUUUUUUAAAGCUUCACAUGUAAUUGAGCUACAUGAGAUGAAGAAUUUCCAUAAGCAUACAAAUUAAUUUGUUAUGUAUUUUCAUUUAUUUAUUAAUUGAAAUUAUUUUAAAAAUGCCCAUGCGUACAUUCUAUACAAAAUCUUAUUAUAUUUGUGAAAAUAAACAAAAAAUGAAUAAAAUUAAAGGAGUUAUAAUUUCUAGCUUAAUUUUCGUACGUGAAAGGUUGCAGCUCCACUAUAGAUUUCGAAAACUCUUUAAUAAUGGAUUCAUAUGUUUUAUCAACAGUAUCAUAAGCUGCAUAAUUUUUCUAGAGCAUUGAGCGUCGGUAUUUCAUGUUUGGAAUCUUGAGUUGCUGAGAGGGCCCCUCAUCAAUUUGAUGGUUCCAAUAGGAGAUACCGGUGGCCGGACAUCGCUUUAAUAUGAUCAAUGGUCAGAUUAUAUGUCGUCUUUUAGUUGUAAAAAAUGCUUAUUUUAAAAUAAGUAUUAGAGUGUGUUUAUUAAUCAUUAAAUGCGUUUAGUGAUUAAUGAUGAAUCAAAUGACAAUUAUUUUACUAAAAGUCGAAUAAGUAGUUUUUUUUAAGUGAUAUAUUAGUAUAGUAUUUAGCUAUUUCUUCAAAAGUAUGUUUCAGAAGAAAUUUAGAGUUUUAGAAUGUCCCAAAGAAAUUUUCGAGUACUCUCAGCCUUAGGCACUGAGAUUUAAACAGUGUUGUACAUUCUUUUUACCAAGGUUGUCCUCAUAUGAUUUUUACCAUUUGGUUACCAAAAUAAAUUGAGUGCCAUCACUUAAAUUUUCUUACUAUGAUCGGCCAAUAAAGUCUAUAUACGUGAUUCAAAGUUUUUUUUUAUAGUAUCCGGUUCUUAGAAGUCAGAUUAGAAGGGAUGAGUAGGGAUGAGUGGAAGGAUUAGAUUAAACUAGUUUCUGGUAAAUCACGAGUCUUAGAACCUGCUGCACACUAUGAUAUGGGUAUUUGUGAAGUGUGUUUCCAUACAGUAUGAUCUAGAGUAUGAAAAAUUCAAUAGAAUAAAGAAUAUGGUACAUUCAAGCUCCCUUAUAGCCAUUAUGUACAAGUAAUUGCAGACAGUAUCCCAAUGAGCUUGAGCUAGUAGCUGAUAUGCUCUUUGAGUAUUAGAAGCAUUCUUGGGAGUAAAAAGUAUAGAGUUUGGUACCACAAACCAUUCUUUUAUUAUUAAUCAGCAACUCAAGAGCUUGAACCCCAACAGCGGAGUAAGAGUACUAUGUGAUAUUUUAAUUGAUCAAAUUAGUGUCAGUCAAAUUAAGAAUAUAUGAAACCAAUAAGAACUGCCUAACGAUGAUGUUAGAUUUUCUUUUGAAAGGUAUUAGUGUAGAUCCUUUGAUCAGCUUAAUAGAUCUUUCGAUGAAUUUAUUACUUCCAAUUGAAAUUUACAGAGCAUAAUAAAGAACCUCUGUAAAAAAAAAAACAAGAUUCUGAGUUAGGAUUUUAUUGCAGAAAAUUUCUUUAUUCAGCCUAAGUUGGUCUUAGAUUCGACCAUGUACAGUUUAUUACUCGAUGAUUUAGUGGAUAAUCAUUUGUCAGAUGCUAUGAGAAAUUAUGUAUUAUGUUUUGCUACGUUAUUAUUCUAGAAAAAUAUGAAAAUUUUACCACUAUGACUCUAUGAGAGAGCAAUAUUUUCCAAAAGAAAAUGGUUAGGAGUUAAAGUUUUAGAAGGACCUGUGUGAGUGAAAAAUAGUAAAAAAAAAAAAAAAAAAAACAUAUUACUUUACUUAAUUCUUCUACGGCUGAAUAAGGAAGCAAAGUGAUAGAGUUAUAGUUAUAGUUGAGAACCAUAGAAUGUCUGUUGUCAAGUAUUUUGUGUUAGACAGUUAUGUGUUUGACAAUGUCAAUUUGUGUUAAACAGAACAUUAAUGAUGUCUUGUGUUUAAGAAACAUGAAAAUUUGAAACUAAGCAAACAAUCCCCUUUUAAAGUUGACAUUUCAAUGCUAACCCACCUACUGAUUUUUAGAGGGAGUCCAAAAAGAUUUUUCCCUAGAUAUUGAGGCUAUUAGUUUCAAUUAAUAAUUUGUGUUCAAGGAUUGAAGGGACCGUCUGAUUACAAAUAGUUAUGUUUGUUCAAGCUCAAAUUUUAAGAUAAAAAAAAAAGAAAUUCUAAUUACAAACUAGAUUCAGCUUUCAUGACUACUUCAGCAUACUAAUCAAGUAAGUUAAAAUUUUGAGUUCCAGAAGUAUAGGGCCACAGUAGAGUUUUUGUUUUAUGAAAAGAUAAAGAAAGAGUUUAGUAGUUUAAAACUAUUUCAAACCUUAUACAAGUGAAGACUGAGGAAUAUUUGAUUACAAACAAAACCUUAUAGAAGUGAGGACUGAGGAGUAGUAUUGUAGUAGUACUGACUCUACUGAGGGAGUAAUAUGGAACAGUUUUGGUCCGUUAGUCCAUUCAUCCGCAGUCCGCACAAGUCUUCCAUCACUCCAGGGAAGCCUAAAAUUUGAAACAUGACCCAAAAUUGAAAAUCCCAAAUCCAAGUUAUCCAACUCCGCUUCUUUCCGCUUCACCAAAACCCCUAAAGGCCAAUUCCCAACCCCAAAGAGAUAUUUUUUAUAAUAGGUAAGUCAAAUUAAAUAUUAGUAGACUCGAAAAUGUAAUAUUGGACCAGCCUUGAUGUUUAAUUUUACUUUGAAUAAAAUUCUUAAAAAGAAAAGCAUCUGUUUAAAGUCCCUUGAGAAGCAACACUUCCUUUCCUACUAGCCGCAUGCCACCUCUCUGUUUUCUCUACAAAGAAAUCUCAGUUCUCCUUCUCAAAAUUCUUCUCCUCUUUCAAUCGGCUGAACCAAGCUACUGAUUGAGUUUUUGAUUACCAUCUCUAACUAGUGAAAGUUUGUUUUCCUCGAUAAUAAACUGGUUUCAGGUAUUAAUUUUCAUAUGCUAUCCUUACGAUUCUUUAUUUUGCCUCUUCCUCUAAUUAUGUUUGACAUGAGGAAAAUGUAAGACCUGUUUUGAAAAUCCAAUUGAAGUAUAAGAAAUCUAUGCUCCACAGAUAAAUUUUCUACUAUAUGGGAUUAAUUCUCACCGUUCCUAAUGUUUAAAAGUCUUUUAUAAAGCAACACCACCAUUUGUUAUCUUCUUUGAAGGCAGAUCGAUUUCCUUAAUUAAAGAGUUUUAAGUUGUUUAAGAAAUUGGAAGAAACUUGAUACUUAAGAAAGAAAAUGUUAAAAUUUGAUAAUGAAAUUGUCUACUGCAUUAGAGGCAUGGUCUAUUUGUUCUAAGUGGAGUUUUAUUUCAAAAUAUGGACAAUCUUCUUUUAUUGUAACGUGAAAGCAUUUUGUUUUGUCAGCUACAUAGUUGAUUUCUUAGAGUUUUAGUCCUGGAAUUUGCGCAGGCAGAACCUCAAACUUGAGUUUAUAUUUUAAGCCCCUAAGAUGUUUUAGUUUGGAAAUAUUUCUAAUUUACUAUUGUCUUUCUUUUCAUUUUAAUUAGCAAAUAGGGAAAAGUAAUUAAUGUACAUAUUCUACGUUGUGAGCUUGUGAGUUUGUGUUGUAGUGUUAACAGAAAACAUGAGAGUAUUGAGGCAAGUUUUCUUAUUAAGGUCAAUUAUUAAGAAGUUGUUGAGAUCCUUGUGUAGUCUUAAGUACUAGUAUGUCUCCCCAAUAAGAGUAACUUGAUCAGAUUGGUAAUUAGAAGAAAUGCCAAUAUGAAUUUGAAGCAAGUCACAUGCUCCUAAAGUAAAGUAACUUUCUAAGAGAUAUGAAGUCAGAAAAGAAAUAAUGUGAGAUGUCCGUAUCCCGAGUUGUUCUAAGUUUCGAGGACGAAACUUUUAUAAGGUGAGAGGAGUUGUAACACCCCGAUUUUAGUGAGCUGGUUAUAUUGAUCUUUUAUCAUAGUUAUUUAUUUAGUCUGUUAAAAUAAGUUUGUUUUAUGAAUAAUGUGAUUUGUUGUUUGAUCAUGUGUUAACUGGCAGGUAACGUUGACCGGUAAGCUCAUAAUAAUUUUAAUCAAAGAAAGAAAUAAUACAGUAACUUAGUCGGGUCAGAAAAAAAAAAAAAUUAUUUAGCAGGCUAAAACUCCAAAUCAGUUAUCUUGGCCCGAAUGGAUUAUUUUAGCCCAAAUAAUUUUCUUUUAAACUAAAUCCCUAGGAAGAUUUAUAUAUGUAUACGUAUAAACCUACCAGCUUUUAAAGAUGAAGCAUAACUCUAGCGCCACCCAUUCCGCCCCUGCUCAUAAGCUUCUUUCUUUUCAAUUGUGCCUUGAAGCAAAGUCCUCACACUUAUGUAAGAGAAGAGCUUAUCGGAAGACGUUAUCAAGGUGCCAAAUUUAUCUGAGUAUUUUGAGUUCAGCUGUUACAGAUAGUAAAGGUAAGGCCAAGGCCUAGGAAGAUGAUGAGAGAGUGGAACGCGUGCCAAGAUGAGUUAACGGGAACGACCUUGGCGGCUCCUAGCUAGUUUAUUUUAUUGAAGUGUUUCAAUUUUAUAAAAAGUGAUUGAUAUUAUUUGAUUAAGUUUGGAGUAUUUAUUUGGAUUAUUUGAAGUUUGAAUAAAUUCCUGGAUCCAGGUGGUUAUCACAUUUGCUGGUGAUAACUAGAUUUUAUUGAGUUUUUAUUUGGAGCUAUAUUUUAGUUAUAUUUGAGAUUUUAUCAGGGUUAUUUUCUUAAAUAGAUGGCCAUUAUAUUGCAGUUAUUUUUAAAAGUAGUAAGUUAGUGUAACGUUUCCGUUAACCCUGAGAGGGGCGUUACACUUUUACUCCUUAGUUUUUUGAGACAUAGGAAUGAUUUGUGAGGUACACAAAAUUUGCACAUUCUAUUGAAAAUUUUAUUUAUUUUAUUUUGUAACUUUUUUUCUAAGUUGUGAAAAUAUUGUUGCAUCUGUCUCAACUCUCAACAUUGUUAAGCCCCGCAUAUCCUCCACUGUAUUGCAAGUAUUGAACUUUAAGGACAAUAAUUCUUAUUUGGGAAAAUGGAAACUAAUAAUCCAACCUUUUAGCGGUUUUCUUACAAUAAUCCAACCUUUUGGUUAUUCAUGAAUAAUCCAACUUUUGCACUUCAUCUUCAUUCACUGGUCCCUGAUCGGUUGAUGACCUGCUAUUCCAAGCUAUUUUCUUAUCUUUGCAAAAUAUUAUCUUUGUGAAAGAUGAAAUUUAUGGUAUAAUGAUUUGCAAAGAUAAGAAAAUAGUUUGGAAUAACAGGUCAUCAACCGGUCAAGGACCAGUGAAUGAAGAUGUGGUGCAAAGGUUGGAUUAUUUAUGAAUAAUCAAAAGGUGAGAUUAUUAAAAGAAGACCGCUAAAAGGUUGGAUUAUUAGUUUCCAUUUUCCCUUCUUAUUUUCAUCGUUGUUUAAUAAAAUAGUAAUGAAAAUUUUGUAAGAAUAGGAUCUGAAUAAAAGGGUUUCCCUAAACAGAAGUAUUUUUUUUGAACUUCUAUCAAUUUUCAAAUUCUUGUGUAUGUCAUUACUUCUAUUUAGAGAAAUAAAUACGGAGUCACAUUAUAUUUCUUCUAUUUAGGAUAAUUUCCUUACAUGAAUUAGUGUCAUAUUAAAAAGCUUCUCAUAAUGUUAGAAACUCUCAUACAGGGCAAGUAAGGGCAGUGAGUUGAAUUAGCUUCCCAGUGGGAUGCCAAGUGUGCUAAUUGAGCGGCUCUAAUACAAUUUUGAAUUCUCUUUGUUUGCAGCUGAUCCUUCUGCUUGCACGCUCACUGGUUUCUGAAUCUCCAUUAAGCGACGUCUUUCUGACAAAAGAUCCUGCAUUUGAAACAGUCGGAACCCAAGUGAAGCCAUCUAAACUCGGGGCGACUAUUUCAUCAUCACCUGUUGUCCCGCUUGAGACUACUGAACAGAAUGGUCCUACUCUGAAUCUUAAGGUGUCAUGUGUCAAGUCUACAAAGCAGAUAUUGUUUGGUGAAGCAACCGAUGAGUUCUUUGAUUUCCUGUGCACCUUUCUGACCACUCCCAUUGGAUUAACCGUAUGCAUUCUUAAAGGACAAUCAGGUAUAAAAUGCAUGGAUAACCUGUACACGAGUAUUGUGGAGUUAGAUCAGAAGUGGUUCCGUUCCUCAAAUAAAAGUGGCUUACUUGACCUUUGUGUUGCGCAAGAUCAUAACUGCAAGAAGCAGCCUAUCAAAUCUCUCCGUUCUGAACCUUUAGAUACGAAACUGCUAAGUCCAAAGGGCAGCGAUAAUUUUGCUGUGGAACCAUCAAUGUUCUUUGUUUCUGAUGAUUUUGAAGUGAAGCCUCUUUCUGUUUCUUCCAGUUACCUCUUACUAAACAAAUUGGAAAUUUCUUUCAAUCAGACAGAGGUGCAAUGGGUCACUAUCGGUAUGAAGGAAGCAAUGAGCUUACUGAAGGCUGCUCUGACAUCACCAUCAUCUGCCCUUACAAUUGGCUUAGGACCCUUCUUGCAGAAGCAGAAGCCCUAGCACCACCAUCAAGAUGUGUCCCGUUUGAAAAUCCCAGGGAGAGCUUCAAGUUUUCGUUAUAUUUAUCCAUUAUUUCCAUUAUCUCAAGAAUGUUAUUCAAGUAUUGUUUUGCUCUCUAUCUUUUUGUACAUUGCGACCCAGCUUUGUUCGGUGUCCUCUAUAACCCUCUAUAAAAGUUCGCUUUCUUUCUUUCAUUAUGUCAUUUCAUUAGUUUUAGAGAUAAUCAAAUUCUUAAAGCAAUUCUUAAAUGACAAAAGUCCUUUGACAGUUUGAUA